GGAGGUGACCAACUUCAUAGACCGAAUCUCUGGACUUGAUUGGGACUCGAGAUUUUGAGAUUUUGACAACUGAAAUAAAUCUGGAACUAUCUGAACGCAACUACAGAACAUACAGUAUUCCAUCACUUCAGCUGGCUGGGCACUGGUGAUAUUGGAUCUGAUUUAAUCUGGAGUUUUAGAAUGGAUUCAUGGUUGUUGCUGAUUCUCGUGGUCCAGCUUGCUGGCACCCUGCUUCCCUCUGCAGCUCAAGAUCUUGAUGGCUGCUGGGAAACUAAAGGCUGUUUCAAGCAGCCACCGGACUGCACCGGGGACGACUGCACAGCUUUCGUGACCUGGGAACCAAUGGCUGGUAACCUCUUUAAAUUCACCAUGAAAGGCAAGGCUACCGGGUGGGUAGCGUUUGGUCUACGUGAGUCCACUGCAAGCGGAAUGAGUCCAGCUGAUGUGUAUGCUUGCACCUCGGGAAGUACAGAAAUCUUAAGGUCGGAGAAUGUGUUAUCAUACAAUUCAGAGGCCAGAACUAAGCCAGCUAACAGCGUAACUAAAAUAUCGUUGGACGUUACUGACGGCACAAUUGCUUGCCAGUUCACUAGGACAGCAAGCGUCAGCGGGGACCCCACUUUCUUUGACAUCGAAAACAACAAAUUUUUUAUGCUGCUGGCUGUUGGAACUAGAGUUAAUGGUGAUGGAACAAUUGUAGGAAACAAGCAUUCCGACAGGUGGGCUUCACCAACCACUUUCCAGCUAUCAGACGUCAGCGUCCCUAAUUUAGAUGGCUGUGGCGUUACAAAGGGCUGUUUCAAACGACCCGAUUCUUGCACUGGUGAUGACUGCACGGCGUUCGUCACUUGGAGAUCGAUUGCAGGAGGGAAGUUCCGCUUCUCGAUGAGGGCAUCGGCAGUGACCAAUCUUGCCUGGGUGGCGAUGGGCUUUGGAGGAACUAGUGGCACGGAAAGAAUGAGCCCAGCGGAAGUGUAUGCAUGCACCAACAACCAAACGAUUAAGCGAUCAUUUAACGUAGGGUAUAACUCUUCACCAAGGGACAUCACUGCUGGAACGGUGGACGAGGAAUCGGUUGUCUUUGCUGAUAAUGUGAUUUCAUGUCAGUUUACAAGGAGUGAAAGCACCGCCGGUGACAGCGAGUUCUAUGACAUUAGCGGAGAUAAUCAAUAUUACAUCCUGCUAGCUGUGGGGGAUCAAAUCAACAUGGACGGAACCAUACAAAACAAGAAGCAUAAAGAAAGAUGGCACACAAGCAGCCCUUUGAAGCUUUCAGAUCUAACCCCAUCUGCAUCGACUGCCAAGCCUCCUGUAACCACACCCCCUGUAACCACACCCGGCGAGUUAACAGGUUGUGGAACAACAAAGGGGUGUUUCCUUCAGCCAGCUGAAUGCACUGGCAGCGAUUGCACGGCGUACGUGACGUGGCAAACGCUGCAGAGCGGUGACUAUCAGUUUACCCUCAUGGGCAAGGCCAACGGGUAUGUGGCUUUCGGCCUCCGACCCGGCUCUACUCCUGAUGGGUCCAGUGGGAUGGUUCCAGCUGAUGUUUAUGCGUGUACCACAAACAAUGAGUUAAAACGUUCUGAAAAUGAGAAUAAUGCAGGGCUAAAUUCAAACCCCAGAAAUAUUCCAGCCGACUCGAUAACCAUCCAGUCAGCGACCUCAACAAACGGCGUGAUCAUGUGUCAGUUUGACAGGAAACCAUUUCUGGAUGGAAACAGCAAGUUUUUCAACAUCAGCCAAGGAAAUGAUUACUUCAUACUACUGGCUAUAGGAGCGAGUGUGCAACCUGAUGGCACGAUACAAUCAAACCGGCAUACAAACCGUUGGACGACAAGCAAAGCUAUGUCGUUAACUACAGAAGUACCACAGGCAGACAACAGUGGAAUCAGACUCCGAAAGGCCCAUGCUUCCCUCAUGGUAAUUGGUUGGAUCGGAUUUGCAAGUAUUGGAAUUAUUCUUGCUCGCUUCUUCAAGCCAAUGUGGCCCGACUCCAAACUCUUCGGAACAAAAAUCUGGUUCACGUUCCAUAGGAUGUGCAUGAUCAGCUGCGUAUUGUGCUUCUGUACAGCUUUCGUUCUGAUCUUUGUUGCAGUCGGUGGUUUCGUUCAAACGGUCAAUACAACAGUAGUUGUCCAUGCCAUCCUAGGAAUAGUAGUCACACUACUUGGCAUUACUAAUCCUAUCAUGGCUAUCUUCAGACCGCACCCGGGAACCCCAAACCGCCCAAUUUUCAACAGGGCCCAUUGGGCCGUUGGUACAUCAGCUCAUUCCAUUGCAAUUGUGACAAUCUUCUUGGGAAUUGGAUACCAGUCAUCCCUCCUCUCCGGUUUAAAUCAGUACGUCUUUUGGGUGAUGGUUGUUUUUCUUGGCUUCCACGUCCUCGUCUUUAUCCUGUUUGAGGUACAACGAUGCAUGACGGAGAGUCAAGGUCGACAAAACGACAUUCCAUUGCAGGGGACCGGUGCAAACUCAACCGAUCACCUAGCAGACCCAGAUGGUCCUCCUGCUGAAAUACAGAUUCAAGAAGUUGCCAGCUCACAAGUAUAUAAUGAGGAAAGAGAGUUUCAAGAUGGUGCCAGCUCACAAGUUACUAAAGAGGGCUCGACUGCCAAGACUAUCCUCCUUGUGAUCUACAUCUUGGGCGUGGUCACUAUGGUGUUCUUCCUCCUUGUCAACUUUAUUAUUGCAUAGGGAACCAGACCGAUGAAUGGGUGUACUAGUCUUAGGUUUCUUCAAGCGGUAGUAGCGGCUGCAAGGGAGACUAGUCCACUAAGCAGAUAUAGAGCCAUCAGAUUAGAAGUUUUUUAUGAGAAGAUUUUCCAUAAGUAUCAUGCCUGCAACAUGAUAUGUCUCACAUAGUCACCCUUUAAAAAAAAAUGAGGAUUUGCUACAAUUCAACAACUCAAAUUUCAAAUGGGUGAUGUGUAUAGUAACAUGUUUUUUUUUUUUUUUUCAAAAAUAGUUGAUUAACAUUUUA